AGAGGAAGAGGAAGGAUAUAUCACUCUAGUUUUGAGACGAUGUCUGUCUGCUUUCCCCCUCUCCUAUCUCGAUAACCUAAGUCUUUGCCGGAUGUGCUAUAACUACUUCAGCUGUCACUGCACUGGCAGCCUCUCUCUCAAUACUCCCUUCCCCUAUGAGAACUGCUCCAGGGGCUGGACGGCACCCUGGCAUCCUGUGAAUACAUGGAUGAACAAUGGAUCUACAGGGGAUCUGAGCUGUCUUGUCCUUUUCACCUCUGAUCUAUUUUCCAAGGAAAUAUGGUGAGCAAAGAGGAUGCCUCAUGCGUAGUUCUGUCAAGUUCAGAUGAAUCAGAUUCAGAGGAGCGACCUUCACACACCUCAAUUCCUGGAUUAGAAUCAAGUGGGCAAGAGGUGAAGAAGAGAAACAAAGCUUUGCAAGUGCGGUUCAAGGAUAUCUGUGAAGCUCAAAAAGAACAGCGAGGAAGACACUCUAGGUCAAUUUCUUGCAAGGUUAAACAUCGAAAGUACAUGACCAUGCCAGCCAGAAGGUCUAUUCCAAACGUGACUAGGAGCACGGGUGUCCAGACAUCACCAGACCUUACUAAGAGAUACAAAACGUUUCCUUUUGAGAGGAAAAAAGGACACACAUUUAAACAUACAGCUUUGGUGGAAGAUUACAGACGCCAAAACAAUGGGUUUUUGAGUGAUAUAAAGACAGGGGGAGUUGAUGGUGAACCAGCCGAUGAGCCUUCCAAGUGCAAGGGUAAAAAUAUAGGACAGACAAAAGCCCUGCUUCAUCACAUGGAUGACAGCAGUGAUACAGAGGAUUUGCUGUCAAGUGGUAACUGUGUGGAUGGACCUUCAUAUCCAGACUCCUUACGCUUUACGGAAGAAAUACUUUCGAGUGAACAGUCUUCUAGAAAUGAGCCAGAGUAUCAAGUUUGUGGGAAAUGGACUAAACACAAAGGAUUACCCAAAGAAGACACUGACUCUGGUUUUUCCUCAAAGCGUCAGCUUGGGGACUCCGAGUUCUCAGAAAAUAAGCCAAGGGGCAUGGGCCCUGUGGCUUGGAACUCUUUGACACAAGUGGAGUCCAUAGAGAGCCCCUCUGUGAGCUGUAAAAGGAAAAAGGGCUCACAGCUAAAUGAGCAACAGUCUCAAACUUUACCUCAUAGUGUUAAAUGCUCUGUGCAGUCACAAGGACAGUAUCGGGCAAGGCAUGGCUCAGCCUCUUCUAAACUGCAGCAAACUACUGAGGGGUAUGAGAGCUUUCCACCAGGAGGCACACAAGCUCCAGGCUUAGGGAGCAGUCAGCAGAUAAUAUCCUUAUCUGGAGACAAGGAUAUGAAAGCACAGCUGCAGGCCAUGGAGAAUCUCAUCAGCUCAAGCCAAGAAACCAUCAAAGUUCUCCUUGGAGUUAUUCAGGAGUUGGAAAAAGGCGAAGCACAGAGGGAAGGGCUCUCAUACAGAACGGGGCAAGACACAGCCAACUGUGAUACAUGUCGAAACAGCGCCUGCAUCAUUUACAGUGUUGAGCUGGACUUUAAACAACAGGAGGAUAAGCUACAGCCCUUAAUGAAGAGACUUUGCCCCAUGGACAACCAACAGUACCCCGCUCUGCCUUAUCCCAAUGAAGUGUUCACUUCCACCCCAAAACGCAAGUCAAAGUCAGAGUCCAAGAAGCAUGCACGCUGGAAACUUUGGUUCCUUUGAAUAAAACAUGAAGCCUUUGAAAAAAGCCAUCCCUUGGGCACAUAACAAACCCCAGUUUCUCUUGAAGCUGUUAAAAGAAUAUUAAGAAGAUAGGCCAAUGACCAGUAUGAAAGGACGCCAUCCUACACCUGUUGAUAUGAAGCUUUAAACUGAGACAAUAAGGUCACUUGGUGGACAGCAGAGACAUAAAUAUUUUACAUUCAGUUUAAUCUUUUCUGGCACAUUCCCUGGACUGGAUCGACAUCUUAAAACUCUUGAGCAUAUUUUUUGGCAUUAAGUGGAGGAGUCAUGCCAAGGGUCUUGCUUGAAGGAAGCUGUAAUCAUUGAAUGGACAUCAGCCCCACUUCCAGUAAAGCACAAAUAUUUAAAUAAGGAAAGACACAUUAAAAGACUGCGUCAGUACAGUAUUUGCCAAUAUGUAAGCACUGUUAUUGGAUCCCUCUACUAUCCUCUUCCUUUCUGCCAUAUUUGUAAACAUGCUGCUCGCUUUUUCUCCCUGGCUGAAUGUCUACUUGAAAUAGUCAGCACAUGCUUACCUCCAUGUCUUUUAAACUAUGUCCUUAGGCUUUUCUUUCCUCCCCCGUGUUAUUACUGUAACUUUAUGUGCAGGCAACUAACCAGCCAGCCUCACCGAUCCAGUUGUUAUCAUUACUGAUCUGACUUUUAAAGUUCUAGAUUUUAAAAGUUCCAGAUCUAUAUUUUUAAAUAAAAAAUGUUUUUUAACAAAGUACUGUGAAAUCCUACAGCCUAACACUUGUAUAUCUUUGGAAAGAAAAAAAAUGUAAUAUUUAAAGAUAUAGUACAUAUA